AUGUUGAGAGCAUUGAGCACCCGCAGAAGCCACGGCAGGUAUGAAAAGCUAGUUGACAAGGCUGAAUCUUCUUCAGCCGGUCUUCUGGGAGGUAGUAGUAGGGAUUUUCAGCUUAAGAGGAGCAACACCUUGCCAAUUCGGUUUCUGGGUUGCUGUAGAGGUAGUAACAAGGUGUCUGUGGAGCUGAACUUGCCAUCACUCCCGGCGGUGAAACCGGCCAUGAAGGUUAACAAAAGCCACCCGCUUUUCACCCUCUUUGAUAGACGGCGGCAGAACAGGAGGACCACUUCGAGGCCGGAGUUUGCUAGGUAUAUCGAGUAUGUCAAGGAAGCUGGUUUGUGGGAUAAGAACUCUGGCAUGCCUGUUAUGUACUACAAGUGA